UCGGAGUCUAGUACAUUGCAGCAGCUGUAGGAGGACAAGAGCAAAUCAAUUGUGAGGAGCGGAGAGCGGCGCGGGCAUCAUGAGGAUUAGAUGGGGAUCACGGAGGCGCUGCUUCGGGGUCCUGGGGGCCCUGCACCUGCUCGUGGAACUCUCCAUGGCACUAUUAGAAGUUCACGUGGACCAGAAAUCAGUGACAGUGGUAGAAGGACAUAUUGUUACACUCCCUGUCUGGUAUUCAAGCAGCUCAGCAGAAAAACCAUAUAUCACCUGGUAUAUACAGCGUAUGCAAGAGGAACAGACCCAGAUUAUGAAGUACAUGGACGGGGAAGCUGACAUUGCAGAUGGUUUUAGGGGUCGGUUGGAUUUCGUACAUAAGAUGCCGUCAAACAACAUCUCGAUUGCAAUUAAUAAGACUCAGGCCUCAGACUCCGGACAAUAUCGGUGUUAUGUAAAUGUGCGAAAUGAUCAGACUGUGGGCAGCAGUAACAUCGGGGUGAUUGAUGUGUCCGUCCUGGUGCCUCCUUCAAAACCCACAUGCCAAUUACAUGGAGAUCCUUAUAUCGGUGCCAAUGUUACCCUCAGCUGCAAGUCUUCAUCUGGACAUCCUGUGCCCACGUACUCCUGGAUAAAGAAGGCAGCAAUCAACAUUGUUUACUUUCCGCCUGUUCACGAUGCUGUGAAAGGGACCUUAACUUUGACCAAUCUUACAGCAGACAACACCGGGAUGUAUGUGUGUACAUCUCGAAACACCGCUGGGGUCUCUGAGUGUAGCAUCACUAUGGAGGUGAAGUCAGUUUCCAGGACAGCGAUAAUCAUUGGGGCGGUCGUGGGGUCGAUUGCUGGACUCUGCUGCCUGGCGAUCCUGGCGACGGUAUUGAUUUACCUGUACCGACGAGGGAAGAAAGCCGCACAGGAUGAAAUCGAGAAUGACAUCAAGGAGGAUGCCCCAGCUCCAAAGACUCUCCCCUGGCCCAAGGGCAAUGAUUCCGGCCUGGCGUAUAAAAAUGGCACCUUAUCCUCCCUGAGCAGCCACCAAGAUCACAAGCCGUACCCACCCAAAUCACCUUCUGACACCACGUCUGUUAACACCGCCACAGGGAGCAACCUCGGCUUCAGACCACCCUAUGUCAAUGGCAGAGUUACUACACCCACCCCCAGCAUGUCCAGUCAGUCACUGCCCACCUACAUGGCGCCAUCCAAUGGCAACUACUACAGCACAGCCAUGCCAACAAACCGGGGCACCCUGCCAAAGACCAACGGCGUGGAGCCAGAGCUCCCCAGGAAGGAGAUAAACAUCCCAUCUGGAGUCACUCCAUCCAACCUGGUGCGGAUGGGGGCUGUGCCAGUCAUGGUGCCCGCUCAGAGUCAGGCAGGCUCUCUGGUGUAAACCAUCUACAUUGUUAUACAGGACUGAAUGUUUACAGGACUCUGCUGCCAUCAGUUAUGAAAUGUUCGGAAUCAACAUCUGUCCACCAUGUUAUCUGCCAGCAAAAUAUACUCCAUCACCAUCUCAUCCAGUCCGGAGGCGUGGGACAUACUCCGGGUCACUGCCAUAUACCGUGUUGUUUUCCUAUUGAUGCCCCUUUCUUUUAUAAUAUCUUCAGUAUAUCUUUGCCACCAUCGUGGAUUUUAUAAAGUUUGGUCUCGAGAAGUAAUUUUUUGAUCACAUCAUUUUCUGAUUUUGGGCUUUGAGUUUAUGGCGUCAUAAUGCACUGGACAGCGCGGUGUAAAUCGGAAAUGAAGCUGAUGACAGUCAUGCCACUGGAUACUGUCUUCUGGUUGCCUUGUUCUAAUAUUGCACAUUAUACAGAAGACCUGAUCUUAAAGGAGCCCGUCCUGGACAGAGGGUCUCUUUAAAACAUGGUCCAAAUUUAUUAUUUUUCACAGAUCGGUUAGAAAGAAGGUGAUGAUCAUAAUGGUCUCCACCACAUCGUCCUUGGUGACCUUUCAUAUUACCAGAGGACAAUACCUGGAGCCAUGCAGGUCAUGGAGAUGUAUAGUAAUCCCCAGAGGUUGGUGGGACAAUCAGUUGCAAGAACUUUGUACCUUUUUUGUGGGGAAUAACAAUAUGGUGUAUUUUGCUAUAAUGUGGGCUUUCUCAUAAAUUGUGCUAUUAUACAUACCCAUCAUUUCUGCCACUUAUGCUGCUGUUUUAAUUUAUUACACUAGGUGGUAGGGCCCCCAUUUUAUGUUGCUAUGUGGCCCCAUGAAUUAUAGUUACGCCCCUGCUUAUAAAAUUUAAUGCCGAGCCCUCCUUUAUACUGAAGUGUUCUGCAUCUUUGGUUCUCCAGAUGUUUCAAAAACAACAACUCUCAGCAUUCCCUGACAGAACUGCUGGGCGUUGUAGUGUCACAAAAGCUGAAGAGUUCCAGGUCACAUAUUUCUGGGUUUUUGCCUAUAUCAGAUUCACAGAUAGAAUUUACAGAGUAGAACAUUGUCUGCAAGUCAACUCACCGGACAGCGGCCAUCGUUUUCCUAAUCUUUCAUUAUUGCUUCCAUUUGAUUCCUUACAUAAUAAUUCAUGAUGGGGGAAUGUAGUGCUUGGUGGUAAACUUAGAAGGUAUCACACAUGAUGGGCCUAGAUACAGCAGCUCAACAUACAGUAUCACACAUGAUGGGCCUAGAUACAGCAGCUCAACAUACAGUAUCACACAUGAUGGGCCUAGAUACAGCAGCUCAACAGAC